AUGCCACGCAAGCCGACGAACACUCUUAUAGUCUCAAGGCUUCCUGACUCUUUAAAGAAUGACCCCCAAGUGCUUGUGGACUUGCUCGCUGCUCAAAGUCUCCAGGUCGAGCUUAUCUCGCUCCCCAAGUUCGAAAGGUACAUCAUCAUCUGUGGAACCAUGGCUCUUGCGAUUUACGUGAGAGACUACCUUUCGUCGAGUUUGGAGAAGGGAAUUAGCAUAGGCUUCAGUCUAAAGGACAAUCAUCUGCGACUCCUUGAGGACGAGAACUGGACUCUCAAGGCUGAAGAUACGCAGUUUCUAGAGCUUUCGCUGGAAGAGGGCAGUCGGAGGUUCCUUAUUCUGCCUCCGCUUUCUCCACAGAGUGAAUGGGACGAUUAUCACAAAGUCGAAGAAGGUCCAAAUGAAAAGGCAAUCUAUUCCCCAGACGAGCUUUCGCAUUUGCUUUGGGACAGAUUUGGCGGCUUUGACAGCUCACAUGUGAGACGCUACCAAGAGGAUGAAAGUGAUGACGAGGAGGGCGAACUUCUUGACAUCAAGCAACAGCCCGAAGUGCUUUUCGAAAAUAUCGAUAACGGCGUACCUGCCAUAGUGGUUGACUCUGUGCGUAAUCAGAAAUCCAAGCGGACGCCGCCACUUCCAAAAACUGCAAUGCCACCAAUGAAUUAA